UUCUGUUCCCACCAUGAAGCUUCUGAAUGCUGCUGUAUUCUUUAUUCUUGUGCCCACUUUGACGCCAGCUUUGGACCCUCUCAGCACUUCAGUCUUCAUGGGGAGUGCUGCUGUUGCUUGGCAGCUCCUCUCCCCUCACUCCUGGCUCAAGUGCAGCCUCCUGGAGUGCUGCAACAUGAAGGACACGCUGAACAUCUCAGUUAUAAAGAUGGAUUUGGAACGAAAAGUCUUUGGCCAGCAUCUUGCCAUCCAGAUAGUCCUGAGAGCUCUGAGUGUAAAUAUGCACUCCAAACAGCCCAGGAAGCCCCUGGUGAUGUCCUUCCAUGGCUGGACUGGAACAGGCAAAUCGUUUGUCAGCAGUAUCAUUGCAGAGAACCUCUACCAGCUUAAUAUAGCAAGAUGUAGGUUUGUGCAUCACUUCAGCACAGUACUGCAUUUCUCACACCUUUCUCGUGUCCAUCUCUAUAAGGAGCAGCUGCAGAAUUGGAUUCGGGGCAAUGUUAGUGCCUGUCCAAGGUCCCUUUUUAUCUUCUCUGAAAUGGAUCAGAUGCCACAUGGCCUGAUAGACUCUAUCAUGCCAUUCCUUGGCUACCAUGAAGAUAUUGAUGGUGUUUAUUAUGGCAAGGCAAUCUUCAUCUUUCUGAACAAUGCAGGUGGAGAUAAGAUAACAGAGAUUGCCCUUGAUUAUUGGAGAAGGCUGAAGAGAAGAGAAGACAUUCCUGUGAAGGAGCUCCAGUCUCUGAUCUCAGAGGAAAUUUUCAGGAACAGAAACAGUGGUUUCUUUCACAGUCAACUGAUCCAAAAGAACCUGAUCGACUAUUUCAUCCCUUUCCUUCCUCUCGAAUAUAAACAUGUGAGAGAGUGUGUCCGGGAGGAGCUGCACAUGCAAGGUCAUCCCACGGAUGAAGACCUCAUUGCAGAGAUUGCCUUGGCAAUGACAGACUACCCCAGUGAAGAAAGACUCUACUCCAGCAAAGGCUGCAAGACUGUAGCCUCCAGAGUGACUCUGAGCACUUAGACCUUACCAGGCUGAAUGCCUGGUCUUCUGGUUACAGGACCACAGCAGAUGGAAGCACCAGUAACUAACUCCCUUUCCCCUCCCUGCAGCUCAGUUUACACACUUCCUUGAAGGGAUUCAGGCUAUCCCAUACCAGAGGCACCUUCUGUAGAGCCCUUGAAUAAACACACAGGACAUGGCAACAAUCAUGGUAAAGCAUAAGCAGAAGAGGGACAUACAUAGCUGACGAGGUUUGCUCUCCUUGCCACAGAAACACUCCUAGUAAGAGUAUUUUGAAGAAGAAAAUCUUCCACUUUUAUGGCGAACUUUUGCACCUUAAGUCCUAACACUGCUUUAAUUAAUAAAAUAUCAAUAACAUUUUCA